AUGAGCACCCUGAUCAGCGCGCCGGACUCCGUCACCACGCUCUCCAUGUCUAUGUUGGGAAUCCCAUCGAGCUCGGACUAUGCUGGUGAAUUCCACGAUUCCCAGGACAUUAUCGCAGGCUCGCGGCCAACUAGUCGGUUGACUCGGGCCCUACAUUGGCACAAGCCAUCGGAUGCGACAUGUUCCACACUCUUCAAUGAAGAUGAAGAUGAUCCCUUCCUCGAGGCCAUGCCGGACUGCCCUGUGAAAGUCCCUGUCGGCCCUUUUGGAGCUACCCCAGCACCCAUUAUCGUUCAUCAGAGGCCCUCUGCCAUAGCCGUCUCGUCAAGGAAGCAGAACGCGGAGGAAGCUCUUCUCACCUUUUCCAAAGAACCUCUCCCAUGUCCAACCCCCGACCCACGGAAUACACCACUAGCGGAGAAGGCUGAGAAAUGGGAGACUGAAUCCGGAGCCUCAAGCGAGUGGUCGGUAGACGACACCGAUAAAAUCCUAGACUACAAUCUCCAGAUGACACAGGGCGUUGACCUGGAGGAGUCAUCUUUGGACAUUCCCAAAACGCGGCACAUCGCACGGAGCCUUGUCCGCCAACUUGGUCAAACAAUGCACCACUCUGGCUCAAAUGGUCAAGACCAGAACGAGAUGGGCUUCUUCAACAGCACCUCAUCCACACCGGGCAAUAGUGGCUGGUCACAUCGAGACGGGAAGCGGAAAAAUCAGCCUGGAGGCGGCAAGGGGGACGACGGAAGGGAUGAUUUCAAUGAAGGUGAAGAUUAUGGCUCUUUGCAGGCCAAAAAGUCAAAGCCCAACCCUCAGGAGGAGAAACCUCUGCGUCUGAGCUGUCCGUUUAGGAAGCGCAAUCCCAACCGUUUCAACGUCAGAGACCACCACUCCUGCGCCAUGACAUACUUCCCCAAGUUCGCCGAGUUGAGGCAGCACAUUUUCAAGCAGCACAAGCGAGAUGAACAGUCUGCCUUUGUCUGCGACCGUUGCAACCUUGAUUUCGCGUCGCAGAAGGAGUUUCGAUUUCAUCAACGUCUGCCGCGCGAACAGAUCUGCGAGAUAGCUGACCAUGACCCGGAAUCCGGCAUCGAUGAACCAACUUCUCGCAAGCUGAUGAGUCGAAAGCGAGCCAACGGAGCAUCGCCAGACAUCCAAUGGCGUGAAAUCUGGAAUAUCUUAUUCCCGGACGACGACGAUAGCAGAGUGCGCACCUAUCAAUUCAUCCCUGUCAUAGAACACUUUGAGAUUUCAGAUGCUUAUCAAAUCGCGUUCUUGCACCUUCGCAAGUCCAUCAGCGGCAUGUUUGAAAACCCGGCGACCUUGGAUACCCUCGCCACCAAGUUCCACCAAUGCUUCCUCGAGACGGUCCAGCGGUGCGAGACCGACGCAGAAAGUAUGCCAUACGCCAACCGCAGCAACAAGCGUGGCGAGCAACGUGCUACGGCAGCUUUGACCGCCCGAGACUUUGGUUUACAGGAACAGCGUGCGAACAAGGCAGAGCUCCUCGAGGAACAGCAAUCUACCGUCGACAUCGAACAGAGACUUGCCCCCCGCAAGACCCCCAUUGGCAUCCUAUGA